AUGCCGUCCAAGCGAAUCCUUUCCUGGUCAAAACGCCAGUCUAGUUCAGAGCCCUACUAUCGCACUGGGGGGUUGCUAUCGAUUGAGUCGAUUGAGCCCGAGUCCAACACCGACGUUGAAGCAAAGUCCUAUCACACCCCACGACAUGUUGCGCUCUCCGGUGCCCACAUCAUGAGAAACGUUCCUAUCGGCGAUGCACUUGAUUCACGUGUUAUGGCCCAAGCCGGUCUACCAGCGGCAUUGGAUGACAAGUGUUUGAACAAAACCGGAAUGCGGAGACGUUCGAGACCGGACCUGAUUACUGCGCUCUCUGCCAUGGACGGAAAGGUUUCGACAAACAGAAGUGGCAGGCAUGGUUCUAGUCAGAUGCGGCAGGUCCAAGAGAAGAAAGUACGUGAUCGGGAUACCGAAAAGCGCCGACGCAACAGUCAAAAUGAAGCGUCUACUGCAACCAAUUCAUCGACGCGUAGCAACCAGAUCGACGAGCUAAAAGCGAUCAUUGCCACACAGAAUCAGAAAAACUCAGUCCUACAAUCUCAGUUCGCCGCCUUGAGAUCGUCGCACGAAGCACAAGUUGCAAGCCUCGUGGACGCACACUCUGCGGAGGUUGCAUCUCUGAAAGAUCACAUUCGGUUGCUUCAAGAGCAGAACAGCAAGCACGGCCUGCACCAGGAGCUCAAUCAGUACAGACAAAACAAUGUCGCUCUCCAACAGCAGAUUGAAUCAUUGAUGGCGAAGUUGAACGAAUCGAAGAAAAGCGAGAGAGAGCUUCGUUCAACACUAGGACUGACCGAGAUGAGAUGUGCUGAGUUCGAGGACAAGGCAGCGCACGCUGACAAGCUUGCCAAAUCCACGCAGGCUCUGCAAAACACUAUUGAUCAUCUCGAGAGCCGUCUCGAGAUCGCCAACACUGAGCGACUGGACGCGGAAGAGCAACUUUCGAAUUUAGUGAAUGGGAAAUCACCCUUCGACCUCAUCUCAAAAGGACCACCUAGCACGAGCCACCCAACUUCCGAUGGACGUAUGAGUAUGAGUACGGUCUUCUCGAGUGCUUCGCCGAUCAGUUCAGAGCUUGACUCGCAAGAGAACGCAACGCUAGCUUCUUUUGUUGCGCACAUUGAGCGUCUGCAAGACCAGGUCAGGGAGAAAGAUCAUCGCAUUGCGAAACUGGAGAAAGAGCGAGAACAGCUACGACGGGCACACAGCGAGCUAGAACAGGAGCACAAGACAACUGCCAGUCGUUCAGGCACACACCACCCAGACACGCAUAUGGAAAGACUUCGAGCCGCAAUCCUGAAUCGCGAAUCCGUAAUUGAGGAGAAGGACAGGGUCAUUUGUACAGUGGAAAGGCAGCUGGAGCAUCACAAACUCUUGUUGCAGGCUGAAAUCAGACGGCAUGCGGCAAUGAAGCUUCACAUGGCUGGGGAAGGGGAAGACAGCUGGCCGGAGCUUGCCUCCAUUGCAAGACGGGAAGACAUCGAUAGGUGGAUGGAUAGGCUCCACGAGCGCUUGAGGAGGGAGCAAUCUAAACAGAAGGGAAAGGCUCUUGCCGAUACUCCGGAUGUGCAGAUGGAGAGCUUGCGACAGGAGAUCGACUUCUACGUUAGGGAAAUCAUUCUCUUCAAGCUCGACAUCAAAGGUUACAAGAGCGACAUUCGAAAGCUGAAGAAGAUCACUGCGCAAAUGGAAGCUUACGGCCGGACGAGCGAUCUGGAAUCUGAAGCAUGUUCUCCCAGGCCAACAGCUACACCUAUCCCCUCAUAUUUCCCGCCAAUCACACCAGAGCUCGAUGGCGCCAGUGUUAUCUCGCCUGCUAUAGACGAAGGUCAUAUUGUGACUGCCCUGGGAGGAUCCCCGGUUGCUAUCUCCCCAUUGGCUCCCUCGCGCGAUCGGGACCGCGUCCUCAUGGCACCAAGAAACUCACGCGAACUCGACAUACCAGCAACAUUAUAUGAGGUGGCGCAUAAGGAUGACUACGCAACCGGAGCUGAUCUCAUGAGUGCGGGGGCCUCUUCAAACUUGGUCUUACCGCGGACAGCUACGUGCAGCGAACUUAUCACAAGCUUCCCAUCACCCAACUCAGCUUUAAGAAAAGACCUGUCUAUCUAA